CGUCUUUCAAGAGUUCUCUAGACUCUCCCCUACGAUGUCGAAUUUGUGGCUUGGACCUCACGUGAGAUGGGAGGAUUUCUCCAGUGAUGACGUCACCGAGUUUUAUCCCAAAUUGUCUGAUUGCAUGGUCUGCCUCGUCUUCGCCGUCCUAUUCAUCUGUGUCCGGGUGCUGUGCGAAAAAUUCCUAUUGAAUCCCCUGGCUCUGUACCUUGGAGUAUAUCACAGAUCUUCAGUUACUGUGAAGCCCAACGGAGACCUGGAAAAUUGUUACAAGAAAUGGGGGACUAGGGUGCCUCACGAGGAGCUUAGGAGGAUGUCUGUGCGUGUUGGCUUGGCUGAGCGUGAGGUGGAGAGAUGGCUGAGGUCACGACGAGCAAUGGACCCGCCCGCCAUGCUGCGCUCAUUCUGUGAGAACGGAUGGCAUUUCCUCUAUUACAGUAGCUCCUCCUUAGCUGGACUUUUCUACCUCUGGGAUCCUGUCUCAGAUGGAGUCUUCUGGAUGUAUCAGAUUCAGAUGGGUUUUUACGUCAGCUUGCUGUUCAGCAUUCUGCUUCUCCGAGAUCACAAGAAAAAAGACAAGACAACGAUGUAUGCACAUCACGUGAUCACUCUCUUCCUCCUGGUAGCCUCCUGGGUUACAAACUUGGUCAGGGUUGGAACCCUGGUCCUUGCAGUACAUGACGUGGCAGAUCCGGGACUGGCGCUGGCAAAGAUGGCCUGGCACGCCAAGAGGAAGGCAGCAGCAGAAAAGAUUUUCUUCUUCACCAUCUUGCUGUGGGUGCUCUCCAGGCUGACGAUCCUGCCCUUCGGGAUAAUCCGCAGCAGUAUGUUUGAGACUCAAGAGGUUAGCGUGAUCGGCCCUGAUGCCGGGCUGUUCUGGGUUCUCAACGCAUUGCUAUGUGCGCUGGUGUUUCUUCACAUCACCUGGACGAUCAGCAUAGUCCGCAUAGCCAUGCAGAAAUUUACUCACGGAGAGUUACAACGAGACGUGCGGAGUGAGACGGACAGCUGCAGUGAUCAAGGAACACCUGAGACAUCUGCUAUCUACCAGAACGGGAAAGCUAAAUCGACUUGACGACAGAAUGACUGCCACAACUUGCCUACCGAAUAGAUUCAUUGCCUUCCAGACAGAUACUGUACAGGCCCCAAGUGUUCACAGGAGAAAACUGCUUCAUCGCUCUCCUUGUUGACAUUUAAACCAUUAGAGAUUAUGCUGUUGUUGUUGUUGUUGUUGUUGUUGUUGUUGUUGUUGCUGCUGCUACUUCCGCUGCUGCUGUUGCUGCAGCUGCUGCUUGCAUGUGCCUUUAUAAAUUUUGUUUGCAAAAGUCACAAAAACAAGUUCAUCGUUUUUACUGACA